UCUUCAACCUCAGUCCUCAACUAGCAGAUAGGUUCAGGUUCGAAACGAAACGCAGCAUCGUUCGGCGCUCCUCCUCCGUUGACGGUGUUCGAAACAAGGAAACAUGGCGGACGUGGUGCAGUAUCGGUUGGAGCGCAUGGUGGAUGAGCUCGACGACCUCGAGCAGCGCGGCCUCUUUAGCCGCCGCGAGAUCGCGGAGAUAGUGAAGCAGCGGCGAAAGUUUGAGUACAGGCUGAAGCGUCCAAGUCCUCUGAAGCAAGAUUUCUUGGCCUACGUCGAGUACGAGACUCAGCUCGACGCCCUCCGCAGGCUCCGCAAGAAAUCCGUGGCGCGCGAGUUGAUGAAGCAAGGCAACAAAAAGCUCAAGAAGUCCAAGUCCGAUUUGGCUGGCAUGCUUCGUAUUAUGGAGAUUUAUGAGCUCGCCUUGAAGCGCUACAAAGGCGACAUCGAUCUCUGGUUUCGCUACCUCGAGUUUUGCAGACUCAGAAAAAAUGGCAGAAUGAAGAAGGCCUUGGCAAAAGUUAUUAGGUUUCAUCCAAAGGUUCCGGGAGUUUGGAUUUAUGCUGCAGCAUGGGAAUUUGAUCAUAACUUGAAUGUUGCAGCAGCUCGUGCUUUGAUGCAGGAAGGUCUCAGAGUUUGUCCCACUUCGGAAGACCUUUGGGUGGAGUAUCUUCGGAUGGAACUUACUUACCUUAAUAAGUUAAAGGCGCGGAAGGUUGCUCUAGGUGAGGAUGAGGGAACGCUCACCCGUGAUCCUAGGAGUUCUGAUGAAAAACAAUGGAAGGACGAAAACAAAGAAUUGUUUAUGUCGCUUGACAGUAAAGGGGAUGCUGAUGGAGCAAACAAUGAAAAUGACGUGUCGGAAAAGAAGCAGGAUUUGUUUGCAGAGCAUGGUAUGGGUUUUUUUCGAACUGUCUAUGGUGGAGCUAUUGAAGCUGUCCCUUCAAGUCUCAAUCUUAGGAAGCGUUUUUUAGAAAUAUUGGAGGGUACAAAUUUGUCACAUUAUGAAGAUAUGUGUAAGGAGUUAUUGAAUGACAUGAAGAGGGAUUUUUCGAAGGAACCUGAAUUUUGGGAUUGGCUUGCAAGGCGUGAAUAUGAUCUUGAAAAUGAUGAGGAGAUAAGUGAAGAGGUCAUAGUAUCUCGGGUGGAGAAGGCAGUUCAGGUUUAUGAGGAGGCUUUGAAAAAUGUGCCAUCAGGAACUAUGUUUAGUUUGUAUGCAGAUUUUCUAACGGGUAUUGUAGCUCCUAAAGAAGAAGCCUAUAUAACUGGGUCAUCAGGUCAUGCUGUGAACUAUAUAUCACAUUUCCUGUCAAUAUACGAAAGAGCUGAAAGAAUGGGAUGCAUUACUGAAGAUCUUGCUUGCAAGCACGUGUCCUUACAUUUGCAAUUGAGACAACUGGAUGAGGCCCGGAAACUGGCAGCAAACCUUUGCAGUGGAAAACUAGCAGAAUCAGUAGAGUUAUGGGGAUUAAGGAUUACUAUAGAAAUAAAAUGCAUCACAAGAAGUUCUUCACCGAGUGAUGCUGAUUUGCAAUCCCUUUUUGAACUCUUUCGACAAAUUUUGACAAAAGUAUCUGUUUCAAAAUCGGAGAACUUGUGGCUAAAGGCCCUUAAAUUCUAUGCAAAUCAAAGACAAUAUUUUGAUAAACUGGUGGAGGUUUCUGUUGUUAGUUUGGUCAGAGACGGUGGCAGUGAAAAUGGAUUUUCCCUUUCUUCUGCAAUUGUUAGUUAUAUACUUCAGAAAGAUGGAAUUCAGAAGACCAGAGAUAUCUAUAAACGAUUUCUAGCUUUACCACAUCCCGGCCUUGCUUUAUAUAGACAUUGCAUUGACCUAGAAACAAACCUUGCUUCAAUAGGAGAUAAAGAUGGUCUCAUAAAUUCCAGGAAAUUAUAUGAAUGUGCACUCGCAACUUAUGACCAAAAUGUCAGCUUGUGGCAAGAUUACUAUCGCUUGGAGACCAAGAUGGGAACAUCAGAAACGGCUACUGCUAUCUAUUGGCGUGCAAGGAGAGUACUCAAAGAUGCUAGUGAAUUUGUCGCUUCUCCAGAUAUGUGAUAAUGUCUAAAUUAUGACCGUGGUUAUUGUCAAUGAGUUCAAUUUUGAGCACUUUGUUUAUUUGAUUUUUCUUCAGAAAUUUGUUCUUUUUGACAAGUCUAGUCUAGACGCAAUUUUGUUUUUCCUCCCCAAGAGAUGAGGAAUAGAGCUUCCUCCUUUUCUCCCGUCCCAAAAGCUAAUUAACUGUAUUAUAGCCGUGCGCCCUGUAUGCUUAUGUUUGGUCAAGUCAUACUAAUGAGAAUGAUGCUAAAUGUCGUAUGUAUACUUGUACACAAAAAUGGAGCCAGUUCUUUUAAAAAAGACUUUCAAA